UUCAAUCUUUUAAAAAGAAGAAGAAACGCACCACAUAUUUUUUUGUAUUGUUUACCAUGUGUUAUUUUUAAACUUUGUGGCUUAAUAAUAAGCAAUGCCGAAAGUGAAAGUAGAAAAAAAGAAAAAAUCACAAAAUGGUGUGGUUAAACAAGGUAUUCUUUUCAAUAAAGACUUCGGUCAACAUAUUUUAAAGAAUCCUAUGGUGAUAACAUCGAUGCUGGAUAAAUCUGGUCUAAGACCUACCGAUGUAGUUCUAGAAAUAGGUCCAGGAACGGGUAAUAUGACUGUUAAACUGUUAGAACAAGUUAAACGCGUGAUAGCGUGCGAAAUAGAUACAAGGUUAGUUGCAGAAUUACAAAAAAGAGUACAAGGUACACAUUUGCAAUCCAAAUUAGAAAUUCAAGUAGGGGAUGUUUUAAAAAGUGAUUUACCGUUCUUUAAUGUUUGUGUAGCUAACAUACCUUAUCAAAUAUCGUCACCAUUAGUUUUCAAAUUAUUGCUGCACAGACCGUUUUUUCGAUGUGCUGUACUAAUGUUUCAACAAGAAUUUGCUCAAAGAUUAGUAGCCAAACCCGGCGAUAAAUUAUAUUGCCGUUUAUCAGUUAAUACACAAUUAUUAGCUAGGGUAGAUAUGUUGAUGAAAGUUGGUAAAAAUAACUUUAGGCCUCCGCCUAAAGUUGAGUCUUCAGUAGUUAGGAUCGAACCUCGGAAUCCGCCGCCUCCAAUAAACUACACCGAAUGGGAUGGUUUAACAAGAAUAGCUUUCAAUAGGAAGAAUAAGACGUUAGGAAGUGCUUUUCGGCAGACUGCAGUUUUGGUUGCUUUAGAAAAAAAUUUUAAAGUACAUUGCAGUUUAAAUAAUAAGGGAUUACCUGAGGAUUUUAAUAUUAAAGAGAAAGUUGAAGAGAUUCUUGUGAAAGUUGAGGCUGAUCAAAAACGGGCUAGAACGAUGGAUAUUGAUGACUUUAUCAGGUUGUUACAUGCGUUCAAUGUAGAAGGCAUACACUUCUCCUAACGGUAACACGAAUAAUUAAUAAGUACAACAAAAAAAACAAAAUUAACAAUAAAAUAUUCAAUACAAAACAAUUUAUAUAAAUAUUU